AUGGGAGUCUUUGCAGUCUUCAAGACUUUCAUUUUGAUCCUCAACUCGCCCAAUGUAUCCAAGUCUCCUCGCUUACAAACGGGGGUCAUCUCUGAUCAUGAACCGCUUGGCCUGUACAAGGAGAUUCAAGAAUUCAAGGAAGAUGCCGAGAAGGUUGCAGUGAAGAUUGCUGAUGAUAGGCUUUGUGAACGAAUCAAGAAGUUUGUUGAAGCGCCUCGAGAGAUCCAGGAACUUUGCGAAGAGGAUGCCAAAAGUGAAAAUGUCAAUCUGAUGGCGGUCAUCUUGAGAUCCCCCGAGGGCCCUAAGCUCGACAAGGCAGCCUACCAACGUAUCCAACAAGCCUCUCAAGCCUAUGAACAAUACAAGACCUACCGUGACAGACUGGAUGACCCAGCGUUGGAUGAAGUAGUUGUCCCACAGGUCAUUGACGUCAGCGUCACAAGCGGUCAUCACAUCGGAAAACAAAAUCCCGUUGCUUCCACCAGCAUCGUCAAAUCGGCAGGAGACGGGCGUACCAUCAAAGCGAAUGGGAAGCGCAAGGCCAAUGAGCCAAAGCUCCAAGAAACAGACGAAGAGACUGACUCCGAAAGCGAUCAAAGUCAAUCAGACCAGUCGCCUGACGAAGCGCCCCCACCCGCCAAGAAGGGUCAAGGUCGCCCUAGGAAAGCGAUCAUCAAAGAUGCCGCACGCAGACUCAAAGACAUGUGA